AUGUCGUGCCAGCCCCGGGGGUGGGCACUGCCCUGGGUGGUGCUCCUGCUUCUCAUGGGUCCCCAGCUUCUGGUGACUCAGGGCCUGAGGAUCCAAGAAGACAAAGACAGAGAUGGCAGAGUCCUCUUGAACCAGGACUUCCCUGCCACAGUGGAGUACGCCUUGCACAUGUUCAACAUCCAGAGCGAGGACACGAAUGCCUACAGGCUGGAGCGCAUCCUGAAUUCCUGGACUGAGCAGAUUGUGGGGAUGAUCGCAUUCUCCAUGGAGCUGCUGCUUCGCAGAACCAGGUGUGAGAAAUGGGAAGAGGACAUUGACAACUGCCCCUUCCAGUCAGGUCCACAGCUGAACAAUACAUACAACUGCUUCUUCACCAUCGGCACUCACCCCUGGGAAACAUAUUUUGAACUCCUGAACAAGACCUGCUUGGAGGGCUUCCAUUGA